GUAACAACCAGGACCGAGAGCUUGAUCUCGAGAUUGGGACGUCGCAAUAGCACCCUCUUUGGCUUCAGGAUGGGUAGCGGUAAUAUGCCAUCUUCCAGACCAUCUACGCCUGCCACUGUGGCAUCUCCCAUGGAAUACAAAAUCAAGGAUCCGCAGCCUGGUGUCCCCUUCUUUGGGUGUCGUAAGUGUCCAUGCAUGGGAAUUGGUCUUGUCAGCCUUGCGGAUGUUCUGCUAAUAUCAUGAUUCCUAUAUCCAGCACACAUCGGCAUGCUUCUGACUAAACAAAAGGAUAAGAGCAUUCAGAACUAUAGAGACUCUCUGCGGGCCAUUUUUGAGCAACCCAAGAUUCAGACGUCCAAGACCGUAAAGGGCCAGCCAUUUACGACGCUCACUCCAAACUAUCUAUGUUUACAAUGUAAUACUGUGACAACAGAAAAAGGUCGAAAGGACCAUGGCGACGAGGUUCAGCACAGAUUCUGUAAGGAGCACCCUCCUUACUCGCAGGAACAUUCAUUGAACGUUUAGUUGUUGAGUCGAGAAAUGGCUACCUGUACUGUCAGAUGUGUCAUGACUUCGUUUUCGAUCCUACCAUGGAAGAUUUAAGGUUACGGAAAUCAGGACGAGGAACAUUUAGUAAGUACAGCAUCUGCCAACGUCGAGAGUCAUUGUUUGAAUGUUCUGUGCUAACCAAUACUCUUCAAUUGCAGCUAGGAAACGAAAGCUUGACGAACUCUUUACUGACCCGCUCAAGGACGAUCCUCUAUUUAUCUCAACAAACACAGUAGAAGCGCCAUGUCGUGCCAGCGGAAUUCGGGGUAUAUACAACAUGGGUGCGACGUGUUACAUGAACGUCAUCCUCCAAUGCUUCGUUCACAACCCUCUGCUUAGGAAUUUCUAUCUGAGCAAUGGACAUUUAAGUGGACCUCUCUGUCCAUACAAGAAUUGCAUGAGUUGUGCAAUGGAUGCCAUGUACCAAGAGUUUUACGCAGAGGAAAAUACAACGGGCUACUCGGCUUCCAGUAUUUUGGCAAGCUUUUGGCUUUCGAAGAGAAAGGCUUAUGAGGAAUUGGCAAGCAACAAGGAGCAAGAUGCUCACGAAUUCUUCCAAUUUCUUACCGAAGAGUUGCACGAAAUUAAUGGCGGUACCAAACAAGUUGAGUCCGACGAGAAUUCUAAUAAAGUUACCAAACAUGAGAAUGGUACUGGUUGUAAAUGCAUUGUACACCAAACCUUCUAUGGCAAACUCCAGAGCACCAUAACAUGUCAGAGCUGUGGGGAAAUCAAUACAUCUGUCGAGUCAUUCCUAGACCUAAGUCUGGGUUUAGAAGGACUCUCUAAGAAAAAGAGCCUCAAGGCAGUUCCAUUGACGUUGCAACGAUGUCUCGAUGAAGAAUAUUGCCGACCGGAACGUUGUGAAUAUACCUGCAAUCAGUGCGGUACCCUCGAAGCUAAGAAGCAGCUCAGUAUCAAGAGUCUACCAAACGUUCUUUGCAUUCAACUCAAGGUUAGUUUUCCACAGGUCCCCUUUUCUCAAGUGGUACAGCACUUACCACUUUAAAUUCAGCGCUUCAAACAAAACAAUGGUACAGCGUCGAAAAUCGAUACCAAAGUUUCCUUUCCCCUCAAGUUAGAAAUGUUUCCCUACACAAACCGAGCCAAGAACCAAGCUACAAUGUUCAAUUACGAGCUUGCAAGAUCCUGUACCUACGACCUCCAAAGUGUAGUAGUCCACGUCGGUAAUCUCGAAACAGGUAAAAACCUCCAUUUUCUCCCAAGAUAGAAGGACAAAAGUGAACUAACGAAGCGAACCUCAGGUCAUUAUGUAUCAUAUUCACGCGUCGGGAAUCAAUGGUUCAAAUUCAACGACCACAAUGUCACGUUAGCAUCCAAAUCACAAGUUCUCAAUGAACAGGCGUUUCUCUUAUUUUAUGUCGUUCGAUCACUGGCAUGAAUUUUUUCUUCUCUUCGUUCGGCGUCAAUUUGCAAUUGUUUUGCAGCAGGGCACAGCACAGCGCAGCAUGGGGGAAAGCAUCGGGGUGUUUCAUGGAUCAUAUGGAUGGAUAUCGGGACCACACACACUGUCUGGUGGAUUUGUUUAGAGGAGUUUUUUUCUUUCUUUGAUUUGGGAUUUUUGAGUUGGGAGGAAGUAUGGGGCGUUGAGAGAGAUCAUGAGUAUGAAAUUGGUUUGAUAGGGUUUGGUUGUAUCAUGGAAGGGAAGCGGGGUUGUACGCUGUUUCGUUUGAAGGAUCCGUGGUUGAUUGAGGCAAAGAAAGAAAGACUUGUUCAUGAAAUACAUAAAAGUGGAAGCAAAAGGGGGAGACCAUUCUUCAGGGGCUUGAUAGAAGAAUUGAAGUGCAGUAAAUUAAUA